AUGGGCAAGCCAGGUAUCGCUAAGAAGAGGAAGGGUCCUUCGAUCCACUCAAGAGCGGCGCGUCGAGCCACCUCUCCCAGCAUUGACACAGACAAGUCCCUCAAAGAACUAAACCCUCCUUCCCCCGCACGCGCCGAGUCCCGCCCCUCUGUCCUAGCAGCGCAUCACGGCGCAGGAGUAACCAAGAAAUCGAGCAAGCGCAAGGCUAUACUCAGCUCCAGGGCCCGAAGGAGACAAGAAAAGGGAGCCGAUAGAGCGGAAGCCAUCUCGGAGAGGGUGGCGGCAAAGAUUGAGAAGAGCGUGAAGGCGGGCAAGUCGGUUCGAUCGAGAGGAAAGACAUGGGACGAAGUGAACGGAACAGGCGUUACGAAGACGAAGAGGAAAGGACAGAGUGCGCCGAAGGAGGAUUUAUGGGGGACGGACGAUGAGGCUAUGGGUGUGGAAGAGGAGCCUUUGAAAGCGAACGUACCUCUUCAGGUCUUGGAGGUUGCGGCGGAAGAUGAGGAGGACGAGAUCCUCUGA